UUCUUGAGUUGAGGAGCUUGUUGCACAUGUCUAAGGCCAGCCUUGGCCCAUCCGUGUUGCAGGACACCAAAGAUAAUUUUACAUGCUCAGGCAAAAAUGAUAGCCUAGAAGGCCUUCCCAAGGGCAUCCCUGAACUUCACCGCAACUUCCUCCAGUACAAACACUGCCGGUCCUUCCCUAGGUUGCUGACUCCCACAGCUUGUGAAGAUGAUUUGUUCCUCCUGCUUGCCAUCAAGUCCACUGCAAUCCAGGUCGACCGCCGAAUGGCCCUCCGGGGCACUUGGGGAAAGCAAGGGAUUAUAGAGGGCAAGCAGGUGAAACUUGUGUUCCUGGUGGGCCAGUCCCCAGAUACAGUAAAAGGUUAUUCACUGCAGAAGCUCCUGGAGUAUGAGAACAAACAGUUUGGUGACAUCCUGCAAUGGGAUUUUUUGGACAGCUUCUUCAACCUGACUCUGAAGGAAGUCCAUUUCCUCAGAUGGUUCAGCCAAGAGUGCCAGGCUGCCCAGUUUGUGCUGAAGGGUGAUGAUGAUGUCUUUGUCCACACCAGAAACCUGUUGGAGUUCCUCAAAGAUUACAGCCCAUCAAAUCACCUUUUUGUUGGUGACAUCAUUUCCCCUGCUUAUCCCAUCCGUAACCCUGCAGACAAGUACUACAUUCCUGAGGAGAUGUACUCCAACCGUGAAUACCCUCCCUAUGCUGGAGGGGGUGGCUACCUCAUGUCUCAAGUGACAGUUGUGGGCCUAGACCAAGUAGCCCAAAACACAGACCUCUUUCCCAUUGAUGAUGUCUAUGUGGGAAUGUGUCUGCAGAAGAUGAAUGUGAAGCUGGUCUUCCAUAAUGGGUUCAAGACAUUUGGAUAUCGUCAGUACAUAACACCCUUCAAUGCAUGUUUCUACAAGGACCUCAUGGUGGUGCAUAAACUCAGCACCACAGAGCUGUGGACCAUGUGGUCCAUUUUGAGUGAUUUAAGAAUGAGUUGUAACAAGGUAGUUUAUAAACAGUAA